AUGUUAGAGCAUCAGACACCAACUUUAUUACCACCGGCACUCAACAACAGCAGCUGUUGGCCUACUGACGCUGGGCAUAAAUUUACACACUGGCCAACACCGGGACCUGGACAAUUACUGCGCGCGACCUUGAUACUUUUCUUGAGUAUCGGAAUUCUGGUCGCUAAUUUGCUGGUCAUCUGCGUUAUUAACAGCCGUCGGUACAGCAAAUAUAUCCAUGCACAGCCAAAGUAUCUGCUAACGAGUCUAGCCAGUAAUGACCUUGCAAUUGGCGUAUUAGUGACGCCAUUUGGAUUUUUACCGGCAGUUUACGGGUGCUGGCCCUAUGGUGAAGUGGUCUGUCAAAUUCAGUACUACAUGCGUCAAGGUUGCAUGGCUGUCAUGUCUACGACUUGGAUCGCCAGCAUUGCAAUAUUUGGGAGCCUUGUUCUACCCAGUGGAGGAUACUACUUUAACAGCUCGGGUCUGCUGGCUUGCGAUCCAUUUUUUGCUCGGCCAUCUUUCAGAAUCCUCGCGUGCUGUUGUUUCUAUUUUCCGACAACUAUGGUGCUCAUGUAUUGCUACGGCUCAGCAUUUCAUGUCAAUAAAUUACGAUUAAAACGCGUUGUUUGCGUUAACACACCGGAAGUUGUCAGCAACAGUAACAUUGAAAGGCUAGUAGCACACGAGAGAAGACUGUCAACAUCAGCCUCGAGAACAAUGGCGGCAAUGAGUCUUGGUUUUAUUGUGAUGGUGACUCCAUGGACAAUACAGGAAGUUGUGGUCGCGUGUACAGGAAGCAAACCGCCGCCAUUUCUAGACUUCCUUGCCACGUGGCUCGCGCUGUCAAAUAGCUUUUGGAAUCCAUUUCUCUACUGGCUUCUCAACAAUCAUUUUCGGCGCAUCUCACGCGAUAUUAUCAAUACCAAGAUUUUCUGCCGGCGAAAACAAUUGGGUCCAAACAAAAACUGCUGUGCGACUAGCACCGGAGGACUAGACGUCUGCAGUAUCGGCGGCUUCGAUAUUUCAGGUAUCGAUCGAUGUUCGAUAGAUCAUUCUUCGCUAGCACGGUGUUCAACGCCGUCAUUAGUGACUCCACCCCUACCUUGGGAAUUAAAUUAUCAGAGCAUCGUCGGGGUUAAUGAAUUAUCAAUAACGUGA